GUCGUCGUCGCCGUCGUCGUUGUCGUCCUCGUCGUCGCCACCACCGCUGCCGACGUCGUGAUCGAAGGAGAGAGAGAGAGGAAGAGAGAGAGAGAGAAAGAGAAGAGACGUCGGCCCGUCUCGCGCCACCUCUCGCGUUCUCAGUUCUCCGACCGAACACACGACGGCGACUCGCCGAACCGCGAGACACGGGAUAAGCGACGUGGGGAUCGCGUCUGCAGCGUCGCGACGUCGUCAUCGGGCCAUUCGAAACUCGAAUCCUCGCGACGUCCCUUGUGUACCGCGACAGCCGCGGAACGAAAGGGAAGAGGGUGGCUUACGAGCACGCGGUGGAGCAACAGUUUCGGCGACCUUCUUCUGGAAGUGCGCCGGCCGGAGACGGAACAGAGACCGUGCCAGGUGUCUCCACCGACGACUGACGACCCCGAAAAGAGGGUCGAAGAGCCCGCGAGGUCAACGAGAGGGCAUCAUAUCUUUGCGUUCCGGGUUGCGGAAGGCGUGGUGGGUCGUUCGCGCGCGUUCGUUCGGCGACGCGAGGACAGCGCGGCUCCGAUACCACGUGAAAUAUGGGACCGAUAGUGAGAUCGACUGUGACCUGUGUUGAUGAAUCGUCGUAUCAGUAGGACAGGGUUAUGACGGUAAAACCAAACGAGGAAAAAGAGUGUUGGAAACGCAACCGUUAUUAUGUGUCACCCAGAAACCUCGGCUAAUCUCCGCGCAAUGUCAUUUCCCGUAACGAUCUGAUCUUGACGUGACCGUGCUCGUUCUUCGGUGACACGCGAGAGACGCAUGCAGUGGACCUUACGGGAUUUAGUGUGGUUGCAUGAACCGAGAGGGACGAGAGAAACCGCGACAACAGCGGUAGUCGGACAUGGUCGCGGAGGAUGAGGAAGAAGUACAAAAAUAACCGUUGCCGUGUUUAAGCGGAGAUGCACAGCUGACCGGUCGCGAGAGAGAGGGAGAGAAAGAAAGAGACAGGCAAAGAGAGAGGAGGGAAAGAGCCGGACAUUCGAUUUUAGCAAGCGCUGCUGCUCGCAUCGGGCCGACCAGCCGAGGAGGAAUCGAUCCGAUCGCGAGAUUCCACGUAAGCUCGACUGCAAACACACCACGUGCCUUUAACGUCGUCGUAACCGCGGACACCUCUAGUACUCCGUUCGUCGCGACGCCCGUCUCCCUUCGCACGGCCAUCGAAGUCGCUCGUCGUUCGAAGUCGAAUCGUCUUCAACGAAAAACGUUCCUCGUUGAGACGCGAGCGAUCAAACGACGACGUCGUGGAAAUGUCCGAGCCAUGCGCCUCCCCGAGACGUCCACAGUCCGCGAUCCCGAUUGUCGCGAAGCCUGAUUUCGAUCCCACGAGGUCGAACGAGAUCCGCGAGUAUCGCGGAAAAGUGGCUGUGGUUAGGAACUUCCCGAAGAUCGAAACCACGAGGCCGCUGACCCCCAUCGCGUUGGUAUCUUCGUUUCUUGGCUGUGUUUAGGGUGCUUGAUCGCAAGUUGGAUCGUGAGAUCGUGGCGCAUCGCGUGGCCUUCGCACCUCCACACUCCACGACGACAGACGCGGGGGCAUCGACGCGAUAUGAGACGCUGUCGACGAGAGGAGACGAAUCGCUCGGUGAACAGACGUUGCCGGCGUGUGACGGAGGCAUCAUCGUAGAUCGCUGUCUCCUAGAUCGUCGUUGGAGUUCCGCGGGACUUUCCAGCGGCCGACCACGACCUGUCGCGAGAACGCACCGACCGAUACUCGUUCCCACUUAUAAAUAGAUGUUUUCUCGCGUGGAUCACGUCUCUUGAGACGGACACGCGCGUCGCGACGCACAUCGGGAGGCGGCAGCGCGUACACGUGCUAUACGUACGUCGGUCGUGCGACGAGGUGGCCACGAUCCUCUCCGCGUCCUCGGAUCGACGACGGCGGGAGGAACCGUCACGACGCGUCACGCUGACGACCUUAAACGUUUAUCCACGUAGAUGAGAACUCUGGGUCCAAACAAACGUCUAUUCGGGACAUUGACACCGCGAAGAAAACGGGAGACCAAGAACAACGAUCACACACAUACAGCGCAUCUGGAUAUUCGUAGCAGACAGAUAGGCACAGAAUCGCAAUAAACGAUCGCCUGGACGGCGAGGCCUUCCUCGUUCAACCUCGCGUCGCCUUCACGUUAAGAGGCCUGAAGAAAGCAGACGCUGAUCCGACUCGGCCUCGUCCGACUACAGCAACGAAUUUUUUCAUUUCUCCUCUUCGAGUCAAGUCGCGUUACGUUACUCUCGUCUACGGCUGAUUACUAUGCUCAACUCGUGCUGUGCUUUUUUCUACCGUGCUCGUGCUGCAUUGUACGCCGCGAGUGUUUUCCUAGUGCUUUAGUGUUACUGCGCGAUAUACAUAAUUGAUAAAGAUUGGGCGCGGGUGUGCCCACACGGUCGAACGCGGAAGUCUCGGCUGCCCAGGUACCUGGGAAUCCUGUUCCUGAGAUGCCUGUUAGACGGGGUCACGUGGCGCCUAGAACUACGAUCAUCGAGACCAUCAUCAGGAAGUUCGAUACUCACGAUCGAAGCUUUUUAGUGGCGAACGCGCAACAGGGACUAUGCCACAUUAUCUAUUGCUCGGACGGUUUCUGCCGGUUGACGGGCUUCUCAAGGGCGGAGGUGAUGCAGCGGCCGGCGGUCUGCGAUUUCCUCCAUGGACCAAUGACGUCACCACACGCGGUCGCGGCCCUACGAGACGCCCUGGCCGCUGGCGUCGAAAAGCACUUCGAGAUUCUUUACUACAGGAAAGACGGAACCAAGUUCCUCUGCAGCGAGGUGAUAGCGCUAAUAAGGAGCGAGGUGGACGAUAUAUGCCUGCAGAUCAUAAACUUCGAGGACCUGAGCUCACCGCCGCCGCCACAGCCCCCGAUCCCGCCGCCGAGUCAGGCCAACAACAGGCUCGCGACACGCUUCGACAGGGCAAGGGCGUCCUUCCGGGCUGGCCUGUCGAGGACCGGUGUCGUUGGUCCACCGAGGGUCCGCAACCGACCGCGUGGCGCGACUAAUUUGCCUCUUCGACUUGCUGACGGGACCAUCCUCGACGAGGACGCCUCUGAGAACUGCCCAUUAACAUGUGGCUCGCCUACUAUGAUGGAAUCUUGGAUGCCCGGGAGGACCGGUACGCCUCCGCCUGGCCUGCCACCACCGCAGUCUGCCGGGAGCAACAACAACGGUGUCGCAACAACGUCGGCGACCCCAAAUAUCAUACCUCAGCCCGGCACCACCGCGCCCAUUGCCAGUCCCGAGGGAGUGAGCGACGUCUCGCAAAAAUCGGGGAUCUGGGAAGGUGCGAACUCUUCGUCGGGGGGUGGCGUAGAGGGUCCCUCGCGGAGCGUAUCUCACGCGACGAGUCUGGAUGCUAUCUCGAGGAGAGCCGUGAAACCGGAAACGGCGAGGGCGCCGUGUCGCAGUCUCACCUGCAGCGUCCUAGCGGGCCGAGGGAGCGAACACGUCACCCUCGAGCGACGACCAGCGACAGUCGAUAAUCUGACCGAAGCGGCGAGGCAUUCGAAAAUCUUUCCUGGCGUCGCUUCUGAAAGCGACUUACAGAAAUGGCGGGCGUCCAAGGACCGAAAAUCGCCAUCUCUGAGUCAGAUGGGACCAGAUUCCAUCAAACACAAAUUUUCCCUGCAAGACAAUGGAUCUGCAAAAUAUUUUCAAGGAGCGAUGCACACACCGAACAUGGGAGAAAAGGUCGCACAGGUAUUGUCCCUCGGAGCAGACGUUCUCCCAGAGUACAAAUUACAAUCCCCCAGAAUCCACAAGUGGACCAUACUACACUAUUCGCCGUUCAAGGCAGUCUGGGAUUGGAUUAUACUGCUGCUCGUCAUGUACACCGCCAUAUUUACACCAUACGUCGCCGCCUUCGUUCUGUCGGACGCGGAUUAUAACAGCAGAAAGAACAAGAAGUACAGUGACGACCCCAUCGUCAUUAUAGACUUGAUAGUCGAUGUCACCUUUAUUGUGGACAUCAUCAUAAAUUUUCGCACGACAUUCGUCAAUAGCAACGAUGAAGUGGUGUCCCAUCCUAUGAAGAUAGCCGUCCAUUACCUGAAGGGUUGGUUCAUCAUCGACCUGGUGGCCGCCAUUCCCUUCGAUCUUCUACUCGUUGGCUCGGAUACUGACGAGCUCGGCUUGGACAAGGACGAGACGACGACCUUGAUCGGACUCUUGAAGACGGCCCGCCUGCUGCGCCUCGUCAGGGUGGCCAGGAAGAUCGACAGAUACAGCGAGUACGGCGCCGCGGUUUUGUUAUUAUUAAUGGCCACUUUCGCCCUUAUUGCUCAUUGGAUGGCGUGCAUAUGGUACGCCAUAGGAAAUGCCGAGAGACCAACCCUAAAGAGUAAAGUUGGUUGGCUGGACAUGUUGGCCAACGACACGCAUCAGUUUUACUUUCACAACAACACCGGUGGGCCGAGCAUAAAAAGUCGCUAUAUUACGGCGCUCUACUUCACCUUCAGCAGCCUCACGUCUGUAGGCUUCGGGAACGUGGCACCGAAUACCGAUGCCGAGAAGAUUUUUACAAUAAUCGUUAUGUUGAUCGGAUCCCUGAUGUACGCCAGCAUCUUCGGUAAUGUAUCGGCGAUCAUCCAGAGGCUGUACAGCGGCACUGCCCGGUAUCACACGCAGAUGCUGAGAGUCAGGGAAUUCAUCAGGUUCCAUCAGAUCCCGAACCCGCUGCGCCAGCGAUUGGAGGAAUACUUUCAGCAUGCAUGGACAUACACGAAUGGGAUCGAUAUGAAUAGUGUUCUGAAAGGGUUCCCCGAGUGCCUUCAGGCCGAUAUCUGUCUUCAUCUCAAUAGGAAUCUUUUAAACAAUUGCAGAGCCUUCGAAGGGGCUAGUCCAGGCUGUCUAAGGGCAUUAUCCUUAAAAUUUAAAACGACUCACGCGCCACCGGGUGACACUUUAGUCCAUCGCGGGGACGUGCUGACCUCCCUGUAUUUCAUAUCUCGCGGGAGCAUCGAGAUUCUGAAAGACGACAUCGUGAUGGCCAUCCUGGGCAAAGACGACAUAUUCGGCGAGAAUCCAUGUAUUUACCCAACGGUCGGGAAGUCGUCCUGUAACGUUCGUGCCCUUACCUACUGCGACCUUCACAAGAUCCACCGGGACGACCUGCUCGACGUUUUGGCGCUUUACCCAGAGUUCGCCAAUCACUUCAGCCAGAAUCUCGAGAUUACUUUCAACAUGCGAGAUGAAGAGCAGGCUGGUGUCGAUCCAAUCUCAGCAAGGUUUCCUGUCAGCACUCCGACCGACGUCGACGUCGACGCCAGGAGAUACGCUUUCCGUCCACCAAGAUAUCGUCGAGGACCCGGUGGUGGUCCUGGCACAAAUCUUAUCCCUACAUGUCGACAAGAUUCCUUGCAGGAUGAUCAAGAUGAUUAUGAUAAAGGCAGCGGCCAUGGUAUCUUAGAAUUCAGCACGGACAAAGCCGGUCAGGACGUGACGCCGUUGAACUUGGAAUUUGACGAGCCCAAGCAGAGAAGCUCAACUUUAAACUCGAUAACCGGCAUGCUAACCCAUCUCAAGCGCAGCAUACCGGAUCUACGUCAGCACAAGAUUCAUCUGCAGCCGCUUACCAGCCACGAUUACCUCGCCAAGCAAAUGACCACGCCGCUGACGAAAUCAGCGCGCCGGAGUUCCGCCGCUGGCGAGAGUAGCCUCAGUCAAAACGUCGUUCAUCCCACUUCGACAACGUCAAGCCACUACACCACACCAUCGCCCCCGCAGCAUCCUCAUUCCCAUGGUGACUUUCAAAGUGGUCCAGGCCGACCCAUAGAGGAGAUCAGCGCCAGGAUCGAUCAAUUGUCGCGACAGGUGUCUUCGCUUGAGCACUCGAUGGCCGGUGACAUCCGACUGAUCCUGAGUCUGCUCCAACAGACGCUCAACUCGUCAAAGGAGAGUUCCAGCAUCGAAAUGAUGCCGGGAACCGCACCGGCCGGCACGAGGCAGAGCAGCCGGGCACCGGCGUUGGUCCAGCGAUCAGCGAGCGAACCGCAGCCACCGACAAUCCCGACUACCAACGGAAAUGGGAAGAUCCAACCCAGUACAUCUCACGGCUUGUUCAGGCCACCCACGAGGGAGCCAACCUCCACAUCGUCAGGCACGUCGCGGCUAACCGUCACGUCAGAGACGUCCGCGCUCGCCACGGCGUUGCAGACGGCGCUGAACGGCCCACGGACGGGGCCCACGAGGUCUCAGAGCCAACCGGUCGAUUUGGCGGUACCGACCAGCACACAACAGCAAGCCCAUCAGGCUCACGCUUGGCAUAGUCAGCCCGCCGCCUUCAGAAGGGGCGAAUAUAGGAGUGGCGUGCCUUGCUCGCUUGACAGGUACAGCUCGUUCAACAAACGACCGGAACCGGACGGCGAGGAUUCUUGGAGCUGCGUGGUGUCGGUAACGGGAGACCGCUCUAGCGGCCAGCGGCCACGUAGUGGUGAUGCGAGGAGCAAGGACUCGAACCAUCGCGGAGGCAACGGACCAGAGUCCUCUUCGGGUCAGCAGGGUCGAUCGGACGGCAGACAGCAAGACGGUGCGGGACAGCAAGCGACUGUGUCUCGACAGCAGGAAUCAUCGAGGCAGACUGGCGAGGAUAUAUCGUGGGAAUUCACGAUAAACGAGGCGCCGAUUGCCAGGCUCGAAUCGUUGGACGAGCUCGAUCAGGAUCACGGCAGUUAAGGGGAAGCGCGCGCGGGUUCGUCCUGUCAGCUGGCAGCUGCGAGAAUCGUCCCGCCUUGGGAAUGAGACGAAAACGCGGAAAGUCGCGAUGAGAAAGUGCGAGUGGGGCCGUUCGAACCCUUCGUAGGGAACUUCGUUUUUAAUCCGAUAGUUAUCACUUGUCCCGAAGAUGAAUCCGAGCCGUGAGCGACGUAACGCGACGCCUGCAGAUCGACAAUCUUGAAGCGCGUGCGUAUUGAAGGGGGCAUGCGGGUCCGUAGAUAGGAAUUCAGCUUGCUAGUGGUUCAUCUACAAUAAUGUUGAGCAAGGAGUGAAAAGAUAGGAGAAUCAACACAAUGAGUCGAGCAGCGAAAUAAAAAAUAGCUAUGUACAUACAUCGAAAUAAUUUUUGAAACUUUUUAUUCGGAUUGCACUAUAUAAAGGCGCAUGAUACUUAGUAAUGAUAAUUCCGGAAAUGCGAACUAUCUAAGUGCUUUACAGUAGACAGAGAAGAGUUUCGAAAAAUUAUACUCUGCAGUAGAAUAUUAUUAAUAUUAAGCAUUAAAAGAAAUCUGACGUUUUUUGAAAAAAAUAAGAAUUAUAUAUAAUAUGGAUCAUGCUUCUUUCAAUCACACACGCCUCGUAAGAUCGACGGACUUGCAAGCGAGGAUCGCUUUUUGUACUCCAAACGAGAACGACGAUGUGCUUGCCGCGCGUACUAAUGCCAAACGCAACGCUAAGUAGUGGCAAGAAUAUUGGCUGAAGCGUAUAUUUUCAUGAUGUAGGUGUACUUUUUUUUUAUUUGCAAAGUGUCUCGCGUUAUACUGACCACAGUCGCCACGUCUCGUUUCAUUCAUUCGGACAGUCGCUUGUUAAGCAUCAUCGCGCGACUCCUAGACCCUUCGAAUUAUGGACUCCAGAUCAACGAGCGCUCGUCUCUUCGGGGGUUCUCAGUUCAGCGGUCCGGUUCAAUAUUCGUUCCUUUAGAUCGAUUUUUUACGCGUUACAAUGAAGAAGCAAACGAAGGGAAAAUAUCGUCGCAUCGCCAAUUAGACGCCAAUUAUUUUACUCACCCAGAAAUCGCAAAUAAUUAUUUAUAUAUAUUUACACGUUGAGACACACGCGUAUAUGCGCCGUAUAUCAUAAGAGGGACAUGUGCUAGUGGUGAAAAAAGCGUAUGAAAGUACUCAAACACGUCGCGCGAUGGAAUCGCGAGCAUCAUGACGGAGAUGAAAUGAAUAAAUUCUUGUCUUGUUGAAUGAGAAUUAGAUAGCCGAAUAGAAGAUAUUUAACCCGUUAGAAUCAUCGCAUGGAUUCCCGAAGUAAACGCAAUACCGAGAUAAUUUAUAACGAUUAUUACGAAUAUAACCGAUCCUGUUGAUUUACUGUAUAAAUAUUUAGACAGGCUUUGAUUCGCAUAAUAGUGAUAUCAGCACUCGUUGCAUAUCAGUGAAAACGCGUGAAAUCUUUGAUUGAUGGAUAGUUUUAAAAUCAAGUACAGUUAAAUUUUCGAGUGGACAAUUGCGAUUUCUAACGGGUUAAAAAAGAUGACCGAGAGAGAGAGAGAGAGCGCACCUCCUUUUUUAAUCUUGCUUAUAGGCGAUGUUAGACGACGAUGUUAAGAUAACGGUACUUAAGAACGAAAGUUUUGCGGUGCCGAAAGAUGUUAUCACGUAGUACCUAAGCCAAUACAUCGGAGAAACACGGAAAAAUGAUAUUUACCAGUUCAAAGUUUUACCAUCGUACAAAGUAGCCGCGAUCCUUUAUACAGACGAAAUGAGACAGUGGAGAGAACGUGUCGCGCCGACGACAUUAUACAGUUACCAAGGUUCUUAUUAAUUAUGAUUGUUAUUAUUAUCGUAAUUAUUAUUAUUACUAUUACUAUAUUGCUAUCAUUAUUAGUACUCUUAUUAUUAUUAUUAUUAUAAUUUCGUAUAGCUACACAUAGAGCGAGAAAGAAGCGCAAGCGCGGUGGAGAGGAGACGAAAAAAGUAACACCGAUGACAUAACGCCUACGCAAUAAUAUGUAUUUCUACAUAUAUAUACAUAUGCAGCAAAGAAAAGAACAUAGAUGUGUGUGUGUGUGUGUGUGUGUGUGUGUGUGUGUGUGUGUGUGUGUGUGUGUGUGUGUGUGUGUGUAUUCUAUAAUUUUUUACAAAGCAUUUCGAAUCGCUACUGCUCCUAAACGCGUAAACGUUGAUUUCUCUUUCUCUCUUUUUAUUUUUUGUCCUACCAUCAACGUCUGCAUUUCCGCUAUUAAUGCCGCGAGCUUCAUUUAAAGGAUUGCAAAAAGAAAACAGCGAUCGAUCAGCCUGAGGAUCUCGCCUCGCUCGUGGGAUAACUUUUACAUUCACGAUGCGAGAAAGAAAGAAAAAAAAAAGAGAGGGAGGGAGGAACCGAAUUCACGGAAAUGGCGCUUCGAGAUCGUUCGUGGAUCACUGAUCACUGAUCUGUUCGUUCUUUGCUCAGUAUUCUAGGCUGUAACCGAUACCGGAUACAUUCGAUGUAACAAUUAUGUACGCAGACACACAUACACACCACUCACGUGACUCGUAGCUACUCUCUCUGCGUAAAAAAACAAAUAAAUAUAAAACUGAUGGUGCAGUGGCGCAGCGCUAACGUACGGGGGAAACGCAGCUUUUAAUUUUGCAGAUAGCGGUUUUUUGAUUGUUCAAUAUCCGUAGUACACGCAGCACACACACGUGGAUUCUCGCACUUAGGUACACGGCAGGCAGGAGUUGUACGUACGGUGAUUUUAGGUGAUCCUUUAAGAGAAGGAAAAGAAAAGAGAGAGAACCUGAUCCCGGCCGAGGGCGACUGCGUUCGCCGAACAAAGCUCAUCUCAAAUCGCUGAUCGCUGAUUGUACUGUGUGACAAAAAUACAUAUCGCCGCGCGGCCUUAAUCGGCCCGGCCGUAUCAAUCCUG